CCGGACACGGUUCCCCGCGCCCCCCGCCGAGCCAUGUACCGCCCCGGACGGGGGCCGGCGGCGGCGGCGGCGGCGGCCCGGGGGCUCGGACGCUGCCUCCGCGCCUACCGGGCCCGGCCUCAGGACCAGCUGGCCUCACACUCCCCCCCGCUCCUGCCCCCCUGGAUUGUCUCUCCCCCUCCCGUCCUUCCUCCCGACACCCCACCCUUCUGGGCCCGCCCCCCUCCACGGAGCGGCCCCCGGUCCCCGGCCCCCCGGGCCGCGGCCCCCCACGGCAUCGGCCCCUCUAGCGAGGCGGGGGAGGGCGGGUCCGGCGGCCUGCACGGGGGCUGCCUGGACAGCCUGCGCAGCCUCUUCGAGGGGCCGCCCUGUCCCGGUCCGGGGGCCCUCCUCCCCUUCCGGGCCCCCGGGGACCCCCACUCCGCCCCUGCCACCCCCUCCGGGGACCCCCGCAUGGAGGAGCACCUGGCCGUCAUGUACGAGAGGAUGAGGCAAGAGCUCCCUAACCUGUUCUUGCGCUCCCACGACUACACCCUGUACUCGUCCGACGUCGAGUUCGUCAACGAGAUCCUCAACAUGAGAACCAAGGGCCGCCCCUGGUACAUCCUGUCCCUGACCCUGUGCCGCUUCCUGGCCUGGAACUACUUUGCCCAGCUGCGGCUGGAGGUGCUGCGGCUCAGCCGGCACCCGGAGGACUGGACGCUGCAGGCCCGCUGGCGCCUCGUCGGCCUGCCCGCCCAUGUGCUCUUCCUGCGCUUCUACCGCCGGGACAGGGAGGAUCUCUACAGGACUUACGACGCCUAUUCCACCUUCUACCUGAACUCCGACGGCCUCAUCUACCGCCAUCGCCUAGACAAGCUCAUGCCCUCGCACUCACCCCCGGCGCCCGUGAAGAAGCUGCUGCUGGCAACCCUGGUGGCCCUGGGCUGGGCGGAGCCCCAACCGCAUCUGCAGCUCUGCCCCGAUCCCUGACCGGGGGCAGGCCACCGGGCGGGGGACGGGGUGACCGUCAGCACUGAGCUCAUCUGAACGCACAGGGAAAGGGGGCCGGGGGGCCCGGGCCCUCCCCCCCAACCCAUCUCACGCUGUGUAAAGUCGCUGUGUAAUUUAACUUGUAUAUAAUAAAGCCCAGGAAGGCUGGAA